AGUGCAAAAUGGAGGAGGUGGAUAACAUCAUUAUCCACUCUUUACGAAGUAUAGGCUGUUCCAUAGAUGAAAGCGUAGAAAGCUUACACCAGUUCAAUACAGAGGUGAUAGUAGAGGCCGCAGUAAAAUGUCUCCGCGUGAUCAGUGGCCUGACGGAGCUGCCCACCAGUUUGCCACCUGGCAUGUCAGCACGCUUCAGACUGGGCACGACGUUAGCACAAGCCUUAACAGACCUUGGUUACCGGGGAGAGAUAGGCUACCAGACCUUCCUUUAUUCCAAUGAAGCUGACAUCAGGAGGGUGUUCAUGUUUCUGGUAGAUAAACUGCCCAGGGAAAGUGGAGAGGCAGUGGAAGAAACAUUAGGUGCUUCACUUUUACUCCAAAGAGCUAUCUCGGCUGAGCUUGCCAGACGUUUAAGCGGCCCGUGGAGUCCCCCAUAUUGUAAAACAAAUAAUUUAGUUCUCAGGGGCAAACCAGCUGGUCUAGUCAGAGAGGGGUGCAGUGCUAGUCACAGGUUUCUUGCCAGAGCUGUUACCAUGCCAACAGGGUGUGGGGACUUGAGCAAAAAAAUUCCCAAAGAAAUCAAAGCCUAUUAUAGCAAAGAUUUGCCAUUGGUAAGCCAUCAGCCGCUUCACAAACAUGAACUUGCGCCAUCGUUGCUGGAGAAGAACGCGCAGGAAGUGACAUCACAGCAGGAGUGGGAGUUUGAAUGGAACCAGCAGGGCCUGGCCUCCCGCCUCACACAACAGGAGUACAAAGCAAGAAAGAAACAAAGGCUGCAGAAGCGGAUUGCUGACCAGUUACGCCAGGGUGUUCAAAGGGGUGAGGCAGCAGCUUCUGGAACAGCAGACCUCAUGCAACUUGUGAACUCAAUGAGUGAUAAAGGGGCUGCAACUUCCAAGACAAAGGGGUCCCGUUUCACACACACAGAGAAACUACAAUUUGCUCAGGAUGCAGAAAAAGCUGCUGCACAGAUUGGUGUAGAAGGACCAAAAGCUGAAACAGAAGAGGAGCUUCAGAAAAAGCGAGAAGAUGAAGUCCAACAGUUGAGAGAUGAGUUGGGGGGCCUGACGUCAAAACUGGAAAAUCUGGAGCUUGAUAUGAAGAAAUUCAAUGCUAACAUGCAGCAGAUGGAGGAGCAGAUAGGCCUGGAGAAGAGAAAGAAUAAGGAGAAAGAGGAGGCGUAUAAAGUGAAAAAAAGGACCCUAGAUUUACUGCCAGAUGCCGAGAACAACAUUGUCAAGCUACAGAGCGUGGUGGACAGUAGUGCCCAGAGAUUGGUCAACUUAGCCAGCCAGUGGGAGAAGCAUCGUGCUCCACUGAUACAGCAAUACAGGGAGGUGAAGGAACUCAACGAGAACAGAGUGUCUGAAGCUCAAAAGAAGUUAGAGGAGAUUAGAGUUCUUAGAGAAAAGAUGAAAGAAGUUGCAGACGAAACCAGAGCCAAGGAUGACCUUUGUAAACAAUUGAUGUCGGAGUAUGAAAGAAUGACCAAGGAUGUAAAUCGGUCAGCUUACACAAAGAGAAUUAUGGAAAUAGUUGGCAAUAUAAAGAGACAGAAAGAGGACAUUGAGAAGGUUUUAAUAGACACACGGUCAAUCCAGAAGGAGAUUAACCAACUCACUGGUAAACUGGACAGGACAUUCACAGUAACAGAUGAAGUCAUCUUCAGGGAUGCCAAGAAAGAUGAGGGUGUGAGAAAAGCCUAUAAGUACUUAGCAGCCCUUAACGAGAACUGCAACCUCCUUAUAAAAACUGUGGAAGAAACAGGUGGAAUACUCCGUGAAAUAAGAGACCUUGAAGACCAGUUGGAAAAUGAGAGUCACAAGAAAACAACUGCCAACUUAGAAAAGAUCCAGUCUGACUUCAACGAGAUGAAGAAAGAAAAUAGUACUCUGAUUGCAAAACUGAAAGGAAAAUGAUUUUAAAAAAUUAAGUUGAAUGAUGUCAGUUAUUUUUUGUUUAAGUAAUCCUUAAUUUUCCUUCUGGUUCAAAAAAUGGGUCAUCAAGCUUAUCAGAGAAAAGUAAGGUAUGGAAGACAUUACCUGUUUAAACUGAAAGUGAAAGAAAAGUUUAUAAAAUAAAGUGUCGUAUUGUAGUGAAUUAUCAGUACACUGUAUACACUACAUGUGAAUUGAAACUCACCUGGAGAUUUCAGAGAGUGACUGUUCCCCUUCUUAAGGGUGUAAAUGUGUGUGUUGAAGAUUAAUUAUAUUUUCUUACUUAAGAAGAUGAUUGAAUUUGUAAUGCCAAGAUAAAGAAAUUAGGAACUGAGAUUAC